AUGCAAAAAAUGAUCGUAACCAAGUUUGAAUGCUCACCUAUCAAUGUUCUUUUUGAAAUUUUUCCUUAUCUAUCUCCUGUUGAAAUUCUCCAGUCAUUUUCAUCAUUGAGUAAAUGUUUCUCAACUAUUGUUCUGCGACAACAUUUAUGGCACGUUCAUAUUGGUGGUAAUACUAUGUCAUUAUCAAUGUUCAAGAACUUUUGUCAAAAUGUGUUAAAAUUGAUAGGAGAUCGAGUUAUCUCAUUACGUAUUACAUUUAGUAAUAUGAUUGGUGGUUGGUCGCUCGUUGCAUCAUCUCUAAACUAUCAUCAGACAAUAUUACUUCGACGUCUUCAUCUAAUUGAUAUUGAAUCACAUGAAUUUGAUAAACUAUUACGAAAUCAUUUAGUAAAACAAUUACAUACUUUACUGGUCGAUGUGACAAAGUGUAAUUCAUUCAAAUAUCAAGUAGUAGAAGGAGCAUAUCUAGCUAAAGUAAGAAAACAAAUUUGA